CAUCCUAAGUCGCCAACCAUGAAGAGGGAUCUCACUGCUGGUCGAUGAGGGAGGGGGAGCGGCUGGUCGAAUGGAAAUGGGAAAUAGACUAGGGUUUGAGAUUUUCACAAAAAGGCUAUACUUUUUUCCUUUAUUAGUUGUUCUGGGCGUCGCCCACCAGAGUGAAAACGCGCCUCCGAAUGCCUAGGUGCCUAGAUCAAUCGCCCAGGGCUAGACGGGAUGAUUUCCUUCUGCCUAGCUAUUAAUCGCGCCUAGGCGAGAGAUUAAUCGCGUCUUCUUGAACACUGCUCAUAUCCUUCUGUAAUAUGUAUCUCCUCGAUCUCAAGUAUAGUGAAACGGACUCUCUCAUGCUCGUAGAUUAAUGAACAUACAUUUUGUGUUAAUUAACCACGUAAAUCUAUGUGUUUAUUAUUUCCUUACAUUAUCGAUUAUCCAUAUCCUUUCUAAAUAUACAAAAAUAUAGAAACAAAUGAGAUAGGUACAUGAAAAGAGUGAAGAACCCUCUCCUUCCAAUUGUCACCGGGAUGGUUUUACCUUCUUUUUUUUUUUUUUUAAUUAAUAGGUUGGGUCAAAUUUCAACCCACUUCUGACCUGACUCACACCCAUAAAGUGUAUCUUUUUAUAUCUGAUCCUAAUAAUAAUAAAUAAUUUGCAUAUGCUAUUAGUAUUUUUCCCCAAUUAAUAUAAUAAUAUGCAUAAUUAAUGGAUAUGAUUAAUCUUUUCGGAAAUACAAUUGUACGUAGGAAAUUUUCGAUAAUAUAAGAAUGCAAAUAAAUUUCCAGAGAAAUUAUAAAUCUAUGAAUACCCAUAUUUGGAUUGAGUUAGAUUUUCCUUCCGAAAUCCAAUAAAUAUUUUGCAGAAUUUUUUUACCGGCCAAUACUCUAAGAUUAGGUUUGGAAAGACCUAUCGACCCUACCCAUUACUAUUCCUAUAUGAUAUCAUGAAUGAACCUCAGAAUCUGUCAUAAUCACGUCCGACUCCGGAGAGAUCCACCGUAAGCCGUAGUUUUCACCGCCGGUCGGGCGGCACUGAAAGCUGCUUCGGUCCAAGGAUGCCGCCAUCCAUAUACGACGACGUACGGCUAGCUGUCUCGUGCAUGCAUAUAUCUAUCUAUAUAUAUCUUCUUGCGUACUCGUAAUCGAUCACAUCGAGCAAGAAAGAGUCAUAAACAGAAGAAAAUUCAAAAGUCAAAACCCAUGAAUUCUACUACCCUAAUGAAGGCCGCCGUGGUGGCAGUCCUCGCGGCGGCGCUUUUCGCGACCGCUACCGGGUUCUGCGGCUGCGGUCGGGCAAAUGAUCAGGCGAACUUCCGCCGCAGCGUGCGCACGGUUCUCGACGACGUGGUGAAGCGCACUCCCGGUCAGGUCAAGAACCCGGCCUCCGGCGACACCAUCUUCACCACGACAUCAGAUCCACGGGGGAACCUCGGCGGCGGCGCCGUGGCGGCGACCGGGACUUGUUUCAAGGGCGGGCCGACGGAAUGCUCGGCGUGUCUCCGUGAUAUUCGGGGUUUUCUGAAACGUUGCGAGGGGUCUGGUUGCGGCGGAGGAUUGCAUGCAGGGGAUUGCCAGCUUCAGUUCCGGCUGAUCAAAUGAAACCGCUGAUUAAUACAAGUUUUACGUUGCUCGUACGGCGGAAAAACGCCACCGUUUCGUUUCGAUUUGCAGUGUCGGUGUUUUUUACAGUUUGUUUUCUUUACUAAAGGGGUUAAUUAGGGUAAGCUAUUAUUGCCCACUCCUAUAUAGCAUGUCAAGGUUAUCGUUGAAAUUUAUCAAAUAAUUAUUUCGUCGGGUACUUUUAUAUUGUAAGAUUUGAAUGUUAUAUCAAAAGUUGUCAAACCGACUUUAAUAAUUCAUUUAAUCGAACCGAAUAGUCAAGAUUUCGGCCGGUGAAUCGUGAUAAACUCAAUUGACUUGAAUUUGUGGUGAAAGCAAUUUGAGGUUGUACUUUCAUAGAAAAACAGUGAGAGAAGGUUGGUUGACUUAAUUGCUUUGGUCAAGCCAUUUGAGACUAGUCGGUAAGGGAUAAUUAUGAUUUCAAGCUAAAUCAAACGAGUAGAGCAUGGUAGAUUGGUAAGUUAGAGUCAAACCCAAUUCAAUCAAGUGGUUGGGUCUAAGUUUAACAACCAUGAACAAACUUAAGAGAUGGUC